AUGUUUAAUCCUCAAGUAAAAUUAACUAGAAUUCGACCAUCAAAUGAUGGAAUAAAACAUUCAGAUAUUACAUAUUAUACACCAAGCAUUUACACUACAACAUUAGAUAUUGAUAUACUACUAUUAACAAAACAAGUUAUUCAUGUACUUAAUGUUAAUUAUAAACCAUAUUUUCAUGAUUUUGAUGCAUUUACUGACGUGAAAGAAAAUCAAUCAUUUAAUAUUACACUAGAAGCAAGUGUUUAUCCAAUACCAAUAACUCAUACAUGUGAAUAUUAUAUAAAUAUACGUGCAAAUAAUUCAUAUCAUUUAAGUGAUUUGACAAAUGAAAUAAAAAUUUUAACAUCACGUUAUUUACCAACAUUACUAUUUUAUUCAUUUACAAAUUCAGUUAGAACAACAAGAUUUUCAUUAACUGUUAUUGUUAUUGUUGCUUUAAUAUCAUUAUUUAUAAUGAAAUGUCGACGAUCAAAUAUAACAAAUGAUAAUUUAUCAAAAACUGGUACAACUGAAACAAAAGCUAAUACAGUUGAUAUAUUUCAACCAAUAUCAUUAAAUUUAUUUUUCGAUCGAUUAUAUUCAUCAAUAAUAAAUGCUUAUCGAUUUAAUAGAUAUCAAAAAUAUGAAGAAGAUGAUAUUAAACAACCAUCUGUACCAUCAUA